CGCCUGGUGACGUUCGUUCGCCGUCGCCGUCGCCGUCGCGAAAUCAAAUGCUCUUAAAAACAUCUGGUGUACGUUUAUUGGUGUAAGUUCCGUAAUUUUCUCGCGGGAAACGCAUAUUACAUCUAGUGGAAAGUGUGAAUUACGAUGAUGAACAUGUGGAAAGUGCGGGAGUUGAUGGAUAAGGCGACCAAUGUGGUAAUGAAUUACACGGAAACGGAGGCUAAAGUUCGGGAAGCAACAAAUGACGAUGCAUGGGGUCCAACCGGGGCAAUGAUGCAAGAACUUGCUCAGGCUACAUUCACAUACGAGCAAUUUCCCGAGGUAAUGUCCAUGCUGUGGAAACGGAUGUUGCAAGAAAAACGAAAUUGGCGUCGAACUUACAAGUCUCUUUUACUUUUAAAUUACCUAGUUCGCAAUGGUUCAGAAAGAGUGGUCACAUCUUCUAGGGAACAUAUUUAUGAUCUCAGAUCUUUGGAAAAUUACACUUGCAUCGAUGAAUUCGGGAAAGAUCAAGGGAUUAAUAUAAGGCAUAAAGUCAGGGAAUUAAUUGACUUCAUCCAGGAUGAUGAUAAACUAAGAGAAGAGAGGAAAAAAGCUAAAAAGAAUAAGGAUAAAUAUGUUGGUCUGUCUAGUGAAGCAAUGGGUAUGCGAUUUGGAGGUGGAGACAGAUGGACAGAUAGCCCAAAAUGGGGUAAAAGUAGUAUAGAUGCAUACAAUGAUUGGGAUAGAGAAAAUCGCGGAAAAGGCUUCGAAGAUACAAAUAACAGCGAUGAUGGUGAAAGAGAAGAUUCAGAUAACGAUGUUCAUCCAAGCCCAAAAAGAGGAGGUAGAGAAUAUAGAGAUACAAUGGAUAGCACAGACCGUGUUAAUAAAACCACAUCUGUAUCUACUGCUUCCACAAAUGCCUCACCAGCACGAUUGCCAAGGACUAUAAAAAAAGUAGAUUUAGGUGCUGCUGCAAAUUACGGAAGGGAACAAUCCAAUAAUGGUGUAUCGGGAAUACAAAAUAACUCUUUGUCAUUGCCUAUUAAGCAAAAGAGUAAAAAUGACAUUUUAAAUGAUAUUUUCGAUUCUCAGAGCGAGAAUAAUACCAAAUCAGCAGUUGAUGAUGAUGAAGACUUUAAUCCAAGGGCGAAUACUCAAUCUACUGUACAAAGUCAAAAUACAAAUGUAGACUUUGGGGAUUUCACUAGUGCGUUCGGAAGCCCUACUGUAAAAACGAAAGAUAAUGAUGAGUUUGCAGAUUUCACGUCUGCAUUCAACUCAUCUGUAACAAUCUCUAAUCCUUCGGUACAAUCACAAUUGCCACACGCACAAAUAAAUCUGAUGGGAGCCACAGUACCAAAUGUUAAUAGUUCAGUGACUAACAAUGCCAAUAAUUCAAUGUUUAUCAAUACCCAGUCAGUAAGCACACCUUCGUUAACAUCUAUGACUGCUGCAAAUGCACAUUCUCAAAAUACUAAUGUUAAUAGUAAUUUGUUUGAUACUCUGCAACCACAAGCACUUAAUAAUCAGCAAACAUUAAAUAACAAUGCAGCGCCUUUAAACACGGAUCUUCUAUCAGAUUUGGACAGUUUAAAUUCUAUAACUUCUGGUCCUGUGGAUAGACAAGCAAAUGAUUCCAACAAUUCCAAUCUUUUUAUGAGCAUGAAUUCUCCUCUCACGGCUAACCAAGGAGCAUUCGAGAUGGAAGAAAUCAUCACUUCAGCUGAAAAUCUUUCAAAGCAUGCUGCAAACCAACUUUUGGAAGAAUUGUGUAAUAUGGGUCCUAUCAAAAGCAAUAACGCUUUGGAAAGACUGAAGUCGAAUAUGUCUGAAUACAUUAAAUUCUUACCAGGUCCACUUACGCCACAAAAAUACAGCAAUCUUGAUUUUGACUUAGAAAUUGAUUGUAUGUUAUAUGGAAGGAUUUUAGAAGAAGUAAUCGAAAAGUUUGAUCACAACUGGCCAUUACAGAAUCAUACUUUAGAUCCAAUAAUUAAGCAAUUGAUAAUUGUUGAUGGUGCAACUUUACCAAUUUUAGCUGAAUCUUUAUCAAGUUUAAGUUACGUUUUGAAAGAAACUGAAGAUGAGAAGAAAAUUUAUACUAUUUCAACAAUUUUGGAAUUAUUAAUCAAAAGUGAUUCUUCGUUUUCUGGAAUAGUGAGUGCAUGCAAAAGCCAAAUACAAAGUAUAAGGAAAAAGGAGGAGUUAGAUCAAAUCUGGGGAAACUUUGUACAAAUUUUAAUUUCUUUGCCUAACCGAGUGGCUAAUAAAAUGAAAAAUGAAACAUUGGAGACUUUUCUCCCUCGAACGUAUUUUAAAAUUAUAAAUUUUCAUAUCGCUCGCGCAAUAUCUUUGAUGAACACUGGAUUACAAUACGAUAUCAAUGUAGAUAUUAAACCACUGUCGGUAUUAAUCAGCAAGCUACUAAUUACUACACAAUCGGAAAAUUUGCUGCCUCUUACCACUAUUUUAACAGAAUGGUGUUUUCAGAAUAAAAAUAACGAACAGAAUUUGAUUCAAAAUAUAUUGAAGGCAUUAGACGCACCAAGUAUAGAACGGAUAGCUGUAUUAUUUUUAAUGCAUUGUGACGUAAACUUCGGUGUAAAUCCAAUUUUCGGUGAUGCAUUAUUGAAUGCAAAUUGGAAAUACACAUUAACAACAAAAAUUCCUUUCAUGUGUUAUUAUAAUGAUGAUAGUUUAAUAAUAAAUUUAACCACGUAUUUAUCAAAAUUUUUAAGUCAAAAUCGUAUUUUGAUUGAAUUAUUGAUGAAGCUUCUAGACGUUUGGGGCGAUAAAAGUGCUUUGAAUCAUACUUCCCUGGAGCAACAUAAAAGCAUCACGAAAUUAAUUAUUACGAGUAUGAGGAAAUCAAAAGACUAUUUAAGUAGAAACGAAAAAGAUAAUAUUCAAAGGUUGCUACUUUUUGGUAUAUCAGUACAUCUUGAAUGCACGCAUAUUAUGUUACGAGCGAUAGGAAUGUGUGUCGGUGAAAUUUUCACUAAAGAAUUAUCUGAAUCAGACAGAGCACCGAAACUUUGUUUCGACUACGAAAGUAUGCCAACAGAAGUGAUAGAAACAGUUAAUUCUUUAAAAGUAUUAGGCACAGUAACAAAAAAUUCAGUAAAAAAAAGUUAUGCAGAAGUAAAUGAUUUAAUUCUUGAUGACAUUGAGUUUGAUACAUUAGGCGACAAAAAGUUAUAUGAAUUGGGUGUAGAAUGUUGUCUUCUAGUUGAAAAAAGAUUAGACAGAAAUGAUGACGAUAAAUGCGAAGAAGUUUCUACUACGACAUAUUUAAAGGGAUCAAAUGUGACAGAUAAAACUACUGCAGAAAAUAAUGCUAUAACUGAGGACAACCAUGAAAGUGAUUCAGAACUAGAUAGUGAUGAUGAUUUAGUGCCAUACGAUAUGUCUAACGAUACGAAAGCUAGCGAAAAAUUACGGCCAGCCUAUUUACGUGACUUACGUGAUAAUUUAGUGAAUGAAAAAAGUUCGACAAAUCCAGAUAUUUUUUCCGAAUCAAUGCAAGUAUGUGAAGAAUUAAUAUUAUCGCAAUUACCAGGCGAUGAUGUAUCGUUUGCUAUAGAACUGCUAGAGCUUCUUGUAACACUUAAAGAAUCUAGCUACACGGACAAUUUUGAAGUAUUAACAUUUAAGUCUUGCGUAGCUAUACUUACCGUCUAUCCCAAAGAAUGCGCUGAAUAUUUGUGUAAACAAUUUUACAUGGAAGUGGAUAAAUAUUCUGUGAGUCAACGAUUAUUCUUCCUAGAUGUAUUAGCAGAAUCAGCAAGACGAUUAUCAAGCAUUCCAGUUAAUGAAGGCGAAAGGAAUAUACGCGAGUUAAAACUAAAAUCAACAAGAAACGAAGUUUGUAACAGAGUAUCACUUUUCAUUAAUACUGAGAAAAGUCAACAAUACAGGGUACUUUAUAGCGAUGACCUUGAUGAAUUUGAAAAGCCUGAAGAUCAGGCUGUGCAGGAUUGGCGAGAAAUUGUUGAGAAAAGGAUUGAAUUACACACAAAAAGACACAUGCGUAGUACAAAAUCUCCUAAAACAUUUCAAAAUAAAUUUGGAAAUGUUGUAUCUUCGUUUUUCUAUCCGCUCCUAUAUGGUUUUGGUAAACAAGGCACUUGUUUAAAUAGUGGACUGAAAAUAUUUUCAGAUCAAGAGAACAUCUUGUUAAUUCGAUUUCUAAAAACCUUGUCUACUAUAAUGGUAGCAGCACAGAAUUGCUUGCUGGCUCCCAAAAUGGGAAAAGAAAUUGUCGAAUUAUCAUGGACCCUGCGAUAUCAUGACCAGGCUAAAGUUAGAGUGGCAGUAAUAGAAAAUAUUGCAGCUGUGCUUCUCGCAGUACCAGAAGAUAUAGUCAUUACUGAAUUGUUUGAUAGUAUUGGUGAAAUAAAAUUUUGGCUUUUAGAUUUGUGUCAAAAUGUAGUUACUGGGGAUCAUGACAAAGAAUGUAGAAAUUUAGCCGCCAGCGUGGUAUCUUUAAUUGAUCGUAGGCUCUACAAGCAGUAGAAUAGAAUAAGAUAGUUGCAAAUACAUUUAAAUAAUUUGAAUACUAGUGGAGGAACAUUAAAAUGUUUUUCCCU